ACCUAUGUGUUGAGGUUUUCAAUCUGAUCGGUCAUGUUCUUUUACCGCUGCAGCAUGAACACUGCGUCGACUUUGUUCAGCAUUUUAUUAACUUGUUUGUACAUUUUAGUCAUUAUCGCUGACUUAUCAUUCUUAGCAAGUCAAAGAUGUGAUUGGAGGAAAGGUGAUUGUCUAAGAGACGAAUCCGUAAUGAACGUAAUGUGUGAAAGGAAUUGUUCCAGGACACCCCCUGGAUGUUUAUUUAGAGUUGACAGAUUUGGUAUUGGCCUGAAAUAUCAAUGUCAUUGCUUCGAUAUCGGUGACUGUGACUUCGACAACGAUGGGUAUUGCAACGGGACUAAAUGUUUUUUUGGUCACUCUGGACCUACAUGCCAAAGACGUUUAUAUUACGAGUCUUUUGAGACUGCUGUCAAAAAUUACGAAUCGUUUCUGGGACAAAGAAAAGUGUGGCGUCCUAGGAAUGAGCAUCUGCGGACCCGAAGAGCUACGUGCCAGUCACUCCCUAAAAAGAUAGACUUUCCACAUGUAUUCAGAAUCAACUGGGUCAAAUUUAAUAUUUUUCCAGCAGUUACAAUACCAGUUUAUAUCACUUCUUCGAUGGGAAAUCAACCUCUCAGUUGUACAUUCAACCCUAAUUCACCAAACCGUGUCGACGAGAGUUCUUAUACGGCCGUUUCAUGCACGGGUGAUAUCAAUACUAACUGGUUGCACAUAAAUGGAAGUAACAUGUAG